CCAGUCCCCGCAGUAAGUGUGAGUCGUUUGUUUGUCUUUCUUUCCAUCUUUCUGGAGCAUAUCUACGGACAGAAUGGGGGUCUUAGUACGUCUACUUAUCCUGAGCACAGUUGCAGCAAUGGCAUCUUCUAUAGUUUUACGGGUGAUGCCAAGAUCCCAGUCAAGGCGUAUUUACUCCCAGAGGACACGUCCCCAGUUCAGCUUUGGAUCUUUGUCAUCAAUAUAUGAUGCAGACACAGUCAACUUUGGUGGAUCAUCUUUUGGACUCCGAAACAGUAUGGGAUCCUCCGGAGGAAGUGGCUACAUAAUGCUUGGUGGUGACAGUCCAGACACAUACAAUCCAUUUGAUUUAGGGGACGCCCCAGAUAUAUACCCCAUGAUUGGAGGGUCAAGCUUCGGCUCGCGGGGGUCAGGUUUAGGAGGCUACCCGAUGCAUAUGUUUGACCCCGAUAACACAUACGUGUUUGCUUGAAAAAGUAUGAAUAUGAAAUCACUGGAAUGAAACAAACUACAAACCUUUUGGAAAUUUUACCCAUAAUUCACUCAGCUGGACUGAAGUCGUACAACCAUUUACCUUUUUUAAUACUAACAUGAGGGAAUUAUACUACAAUUUUUCAAUUAAAAAUGUCUUGCCUUUAUUUUGAUACAAUAAAAACAUGUAUUUUGUUAGUAAUCAUUACUCUUAAGAGCUACAAGACCCUUUUAAUCAAUGGUAAAUCAUAUCUGAGAACACUUCAGUUUGAUGACCAACUUUUUAAAAUAAAAAAUAUACUCAACAACAUAGAUAAAGCUAUUUCAAAAUGUAUUUUUCCUUCUGUUCUAUGAAACAAAAUUAUUUUUUUUAAAAAGAUAAUCAUUGUUUGUUGAUUUGAAAUGUGCUCGUUCGUGUCUUUUAAUUUAUUUUACGUAUGUGAAUGUUUUGUGAAGAAUAAAUCUUAACGUUUUAGGA